UGGCGGCACUGCUUCCACCGCUUAACAAAACUUCGUUCUUCCGGAAUCUGACCCUUUUUGGAGAAGUGGUGCUCGUAGAGGUCCUGUCAAUUAUCUUUCUCCAUCUUUCAAAAUGCGUAUCUACAAGGACAUAUUUACAGGUGAUGAGAUGUUCUCAGACACCUACAAGAUGAAGUUGGUGGAUGAAGUCAUGUAUGAAGUAACUGGCAAACUGGUCCAGAGAAAGCACGGUGAAGUUCAGAUUGACGGUUUCAACCCUUCAGCUGAAGAAGCUGACGAAGGAACAGAUGUAGCCGUAGAAUCUGGAGUGGACGUUGUUCUGAACCAUAGACUGUGCGAGACCUACGCCUUUGGUGACAAGAAGUCAUACACCGCCUACCUCAAGGACUACAUGAAAAAACUCGUAGAAAAGCUACAAGAAAAAAGCCCUGACCAAGUAGAUGUUUUCAAGACAAAUAUGAACAAAGUAAUGAAAGACAUCUUAGGAAGAUUUAAGGACCUUCAAUUUUUCACUGGAGAGUCAAUGGACAUCGACGGUAUGGUCGCACUGGUGGAAUACAGGGACAUCGAUGGUGAAAGCACGCCUAUUCUCAUGUUUUUCAAGCAUGGCCUUGAGGAAGAGAAGUUUUAACUCAUCUAUUUGUAACUUAAUUGGCUGACGAAUCAUAAACAAAAUUAUCGAAGGUUGAAACACUCAAAUGUCCACCUUGUCACUUACGACUUAACAACUUGGUGUUGCCAUGAUUGAUGGCAAAUUUGUCAACCUUUUAAACUCUCUAUAUUUGUUAUACUAAAUUAUUCGAAUCUAUUGAUACACUUGUAAAUAGCCUAAGUUUUUGUAUUUCAUAUGUUUUGCUUUAUUUAUUUUUACCUUGUGGAAGAUGGGGAAAGAUGACCUCAAAAACCAACCUUAAAGAAGAUAUAAUAUUUUGCAAUAAAUAUUUGCUUUGGA